CGAGAGGCAGUCCAAUCAGAAUUACCAAUACGAGGAGGCGCCGGCUGACAAUCGGACCAAUAAACGUUGCUGCAGCGGGAGUCAAGGAUCCCAAAUGGCGCUGGUGGGGGAGAGUGAGAAGCCGGAGCAGUUAGCGGAAGAAAUCCCCGAGUAUGACCGGCGGAAGGAGAGGAUGGUGGAGACCCUGCAGCGACGGGACCAGGAGCGGCAGCAGGGCGUGGAGCGGAGGAAGCUGGCCAAAGACGUGAUGGCGGUGAAGGAGGAGAAGUCCAACUUCUUCAGCGCGGCCUUCUCGGAGGAGAGGUCGUCAAUAGAGGCGCUGCUGGCGGGCUGCGAGGGCGCCGACAGCGCGGCACUCGCCCACAGCUUCGAGGAAAUCGCCCAGAAGAUACAGCGGCUGCAGAAGUUCGUCAACGACAGCAUGAUGUUCCUGUCGGCCUACGAGCUGCGCCAGGCCCAGACCGCCUUGCAGAAGUUGCAGGCGGCGGUGGUGGAGAAGCGGGAGGAGUGCCUGCCCAAGAAGAAGUUCGCAUUCAAAUCGCGCAAAAAAGAAAACGUCGGCCCCAGGGAGGCCAAACCCUCCUCCCCUUGUGACGGGAGCACCAGCCAGCCCAGGUUGAUCGAGCAAAACCUCUGCGGCUACUCGGACGCUGACUCGCAGGUACUGGUCCGCUUGGCAGAGGAGAUCAGCGGCAAGGACGUGCUUUUAACCAGGCUGUCCAACUGCGUAGUUAAGCUCCUCGGCUCGCCCAACACCCUGCACAUCAAGAAUGUCACCAAUUCCAAGGUGUUGUGCGGACCUGUCUCGACCUCUGUGUUUAUUGACCAAUCUGCCGGCUGUACAUUCGCUUUCGCAUGCCAGCAACUGCGAACCCACAACACUAAGGAUGCAAAGGUGUAUCUGCAUGUAACCAGCAGAGCCAUCGUAGAAGAUUGCACUGGAGUUUCUUUUGCACCGUUUAACUGGACGUAUGAAGGCAUCGACAGAGAUUUUGAACAGGCAGGGUUAGACAGAACAAAGAACAAUUGGAACGCUAUUGACGAUUUCAACUGGCUUGCGUCUGAUCAUUCUCCUAACUGGAGUAUUUUGCCGGAGGAAUCUCGAAUAACUGAUUGGGAUGAAAUCUUAGCUCCUUGAUUGUGCCUAUUAUGCCCAAAGUUGGUGUUCAUUGACCAAUCGCAGGAAUUGAUACUUGAUUUCUGCCGUGUACUUGAAUAAAUGCAAAAUAAGCCUUGUGACGGAAAAUCCGCUAUUUAAUUUUUUUGGCCAAUUUUAUUUAAAAAAUAUUGUGGGUUAAAUGUGAUCUUGAAUAGUUGGCAUGCUAUUUUCUGUAUGUGAGAAUGUUUCAUCCACUGUACCUUUGUCAGUGUUUUGUUCUCAGUGUUUGCACUUCAAUUUGAAAAUGUUUUAUUGUUGAAGUAGAUUUCAAUUGAAACAAAGUUAAAACACAUUUCAGAAUGCAUAAGAUUAACGGAUAAAAUAAAAAAAGAACAAUCUUGAACUGGCUUGGUUUGUUUUUAAAUAACAACUAAUAAAAUCCAUAGGCUUGAAAUUGAACUUCCAUUGGCCUUUAAUUGUAAACAGUGUACUACUAAUUUUGUGCUUUAACAUUGGGAAAACAUCCAAAAUAAUGGUGGUCUACUGCCCUAUUAAACUGGGGAAUGUUAACAGCAUUUGAAAUGUAUUUUUAAAGUAGUAGUUAUCUUUAGCUAUGAUGGCAGUAAUGGUGUGGUAGCUGACAGGCCAUGCUCAGUUCAAAUUCCCUGCUUUCCAGAUAGAAUUCGUAAUGGAAUUACAGUUGUCUUAAGUCAAUUUAUUGUUUGUUUCAUUUUCAAGUUUAUUGUCACUUAGCCAUAUACAACCAAAUGAAACUGUGUUCCUCCAGACCAAGGUGCACAACACUGUAAAUAUAACUCAAACACAAGCAAUAUUGUCACAAAUUAGCAAAUAACAAGGUGCGUUUAUGACGCAAGUUUAAAAAGUUAACAGUACUGGCACUUCAUAUGUGAUGAGACCUGGGUGCUGACAGGGAGUUCAGUAGUCUCACAGCCUGGGGGAAGAAGCUGUUUCCCAACUUAACAGUCCUUGUUCUAAUGCUGCAGUACCUCCUGCCAGAUGGAUCAUUGACAAUGCUAAGGGCCCUGCAUACGGAGCACUCCUCAUAACUAACACUAUUUGGUGAAAGAGAGACUGUGAUAUUCCCCUCAGCAGUUCUCUCAAUCCUUUGUAGGGACUUGUGGUCAGAUGCCUUGCAAUUCCCAUACCGGACGGUGAUACACUGGUCAGCACACUUAAAGUGCUCUAUUGAACAAAGUAAAGUGUGGUCUAUAUUGAACCUAUCUAGCCAGGUUGUAAGCCACAGUAAGUGCAAGUUGGAGGAGAGGAACAUUAAACUUAGCCCAAGAAGAUUUCUACACUGUCAAUGGUAUAAAUACAUAAUAUAAACCUGAAGCACCAAUGUCAAAAUAAUUUUGCAUCAAAAUUAAUUAGUGGUAAUUUUAAUUGUACAAAAUAUUACCUUCAAUCUUUUAUCUGUCUUGGUCUCGUAUGCUGACAGGAACAUAAAUAUGCAUACAAUGCAUUUCUUUAAAUCAGUCACAGUGGAGGUGUGGAUAGGUAACUUUCUUUAGUGAUUUGGGAUCAAAACAGGAAAGAUGUCCCAUCUGGGCAACAGCAUCUUUUUUUCCGUUAAAAGUAUUUCAGAUACUGGUUGGAAGAAUUACUUGUUAUGAAUAUGAGUGUAAGGAAUGCCUCUUUACUGUCUGUUAAACUCAUGCAACUUUGUUGUCUUGAUAUAGAUUUAUUCCGAGCUCACAGUCCACAAUGCAAUGAUUGGAGGAGUUGAUAUGAGUAAAUGUAAGUGCUCCGUAUAAAGAGCAACGUUGAAGGGAAGUAUCUGGUGGACGGGGUCCCAUUCAGUUGCUGCAAUCCGGCUUCCCCUCGACCCUGUAUCCAGCAGCAGAUCACCAAUAA